ACACAUCCGACCAUGGACUCAGAAAGCUCGCAGGCGGGCUCGACAAGGCGACGAGGCUCGUCGCUCGUGCAACAGAUCAUCAACGAAGAACGCAUUGGCAUCCGGAGGGCCAGUCCCAGAAGAAUGCCUUCCGACAUUCCCGAAGCCGCCCAUGCCGAAUCACCACAUAGCUACGACGAAGAAGAGACCAACCCUGUUUCGUCAGGCUCGGACUGGGAGAUGGACGACAUUCGAUCUGACGAAGGUCUCGAGGACGACGAGGAGACAGGCUUGACUGCCCAGGACCGCCAGAAGAGAACGAAACGCAAGAGGCGGAACACACUGGCAGAUGAACGGAUCGUGCCCGACAGCGAAAUUUCCAAAGAGGAAGAGCGCCUGGCUUCUGCGAGCUUCAUGCGCGACGCAAUUAUAAACAGCAUAUUGAUAGGACUGUGGUACACCUUCUCAAUAUCCAUCUCUGUCGUAAGUCGUUCGAUCCGCCCAAGUCCAAAUCUCGAUGCUUACCUAUACGCAGNNUACAACAAAUGGAUGUUUUCAAAAGGCAACCUUGACUUCCAUUUCCCUCUCUUCACCACCUGCGUACACAUGCUCGUACAGUUUUUCCUUUCCUCGCUCGUCCUCUAUUUCAUUCCCAACCUACGGCCGAAACACAAACCAGCCGAUUAUGCGCCCAUCGCCCAGUCCGCAGAUGGAGACACAACUGAAGCGCCUCGCAAGCCGCUGAUGACUGGAUGGUUCUACCUGACCCGCAUUGGUCCUUGUGGUGCAGCCACUGGCCUCGACAUUGGUCUCGGAAACAUGUCACUCAAGUUCAUUUCCUUGACUUUCUAUACCAUGUGCAAAUCGUCCGUGCUGGGCUUUGUGCUUGUCUUCGCCCUACUCUUCCGCCUGGAAAAGCCCUCGCUAAAGGUCGGAGCUAUUAUUCUCACCAUGAUGGCUGGAGUGGUCAUGAUGGUCGCCGGAGAGACAGCUUUCAGCAUUCUAGGUUUCAUACUGGUCAUGAGCGCAGCAUUCUUCUCUGGUUUCCGCUGGAGUCUGACACAAAUCCUACUCCUUCGCAGUCCAGCCACCAGCAACCCCUUUUCAUCCAUUUUCUUUCUGGCACCCGUCAUGUUUACGGCACUGCUUGUUAUUGCAUUGCCAGUCGAGGGCCCUAUCGAGCUCGUCGGCGGUCUGCGUGCCCUGGCAGAGUCCAGAGGUGUCGCAGGAUCCGUCGGCAUCAUUCUUUUCCCUGGAGUACUCGCCUUCCUCAUGACAGCAUCAGAGUUCGCUCUCCUCAAGCGCACUAGUGCAGUGACGUUGAGUGUAUGCGGCAUCUUUAAAGAAGUGUUGACCAUCUCGGCUGCUGGAGUAAUCUUUGGCGACAAACUUACACCCAUCAACAUCUCUGGACUGGUAGUGACCAUCGCCAGUAUUGCAGCCUACAACGUCAUGAAGAUGCGAACGAUGAGGGACGACUCANAAAGAGAGGCCCACGAGCAAAUGGCGGCUUCAAGAGGCCCGAGGACCUUGACUAACACACCCCGUCACACGACGCACCUGGUUGCCACGCAAACCAUCGCCAUCUCGACAGGAAGACACGAGACAGACAACAUGUCGGUCGAGGUAGCGACAGGAACUCCAUUGGCAGAAGCCCUCCACAAUGCUGUGCAACCCAAGCUGGCCGAGGUUGGCUGGAGCACCGGCGCCGCAGACGACUCAGCGCUCGCCGAGUACAUCAUCCUCAUGCUCGUCAACGGCAAGACCCAAAGUCAAAUCGCAUCAGAACUCUCCAACGAUCUGCUUGGCCUCGGUCCCGACGAUCCCAGCACCAAUGAAUUCGCAACAUGGCUGUUCGAACAAGUCCACACAUUGAACGGACAGCUCAAUGGCACCCAAGAUACGCAAAUGGAUUCGGCGCAACCUGCAGAUGGCACAACUGUAUCUCAAAUUCAGCCGGGUCAAGAUCAGACUAUGGGCGAUGAAGGCGAUUCGCUACCUGAAGGCGCAAUUCCCACCGGACCCAAGUCGAUGCGCAACGGUAACGGCAAGCAGCAAACACGAGACCGUCGCAUGCUCGGACACAUGAACAAGGCCCUUGAUCGCACGAAUGAUGCCGCGCUACACAGAAUAAGAGGUGGUGGAGGCGUCGGCAGAAUCAACACCCACAACAACCGCGAGCCUCCCAAGGGCCCUCGCAACAUGGCCAACCGCAUGCAGAACAUGAGCCAGAUGAACUCGCCAAUGACCCAGAACGCCAUCAUGGGAGCCAACCCGCAGCAGCAGAUGCAAUUGUUUAAGAUGCUGGAAGAGCAAUCGCGCAUGAUGGCCCAGAUUCUUGGUCCUGGUCAGCAAUUCCCCAAUGCUCCCGCUAUCAACCCAGCAUUUUUCAAUGGCCAGCAGCAACAGCAGGGCCAGCAAGGCAAGUCGCUAUUUGAGCGUGUUGAGAAGCCCAGGAAAAACAGCAACUUCAAGAACAACCAGCGACCCAACGCGGGUGCAGACGCCAUGGAUACCGAGGGCGCCGAGAACGCCGAUUCAGAACAGAAGGAACCCUCGACCGUCCCUUGCCGCUUCCAGCUCUCUUGCACAAAUCCCUCAUGUCACUUUGGUCACCAGUCUCCCGCCGCACCACCCGGCAUUGCUCUCGAUCUCACCGACACAUGUUCCUACGGUGCCGCCUGCACGAACAAAAAGUGCGUUGCUUCUCACCCUUCGCCCGCGCAAAAGCGUGCCCACCUCUCGACUCAAGUAGACNUGCAAAUUCUACCCCAACUGCACCAACCCGAAUUGUCCCUUCAAGCACCCCNNACCACACCGCCAUGCAGAAACGGCGCCGACUGUCCCGAACGCGACUCUGGCUGUCAGUUUUCGCACAGCGACAUCAUGUGCCGCUACACGCCUUGUUUGAACCCUAACUGCCCUUACCGCCACACAGACGGCCAGAAACGCAGCGCAAACUGGACGAACCCCAACGCCAAACACGUCAGCGAUCGUACCUUUGUCACAGAUGCAGACGGUGAUGAAGAGUUGAUUAUACCCGGUCAGAGCAGCGGAGAACAACAGCAAGAGGGUCAAUCAGCAGAGCAGCAGCAACAGCAAGGCCAGGUUCAACAGGCCAAUGCAGAUGUCGUUGCUUAG